AAACGGCUGAUGCAACUAGAAUCCAAGGAUAAGAUCUGGGCCCAGGAAAUGGUUUUCCAGGUUAUGAGCAAUUCCAUCAGCCUUCUGGACUCUGGCACACAGGAAGAGUUGGAGAAUUUCCCACUGUCCAUUGUACAUCACUGCCAGAGUUUACAAGGUCCACAUCGCUAUCCACACAUUCUCCUUCUAGUAUGUCAGGAACCAGAUCAGACCAAGCCUGACAUUCACUUCUUUAACUGUGAAAUGGAGGCUGAAAUGGUCCAUGCAGAUAUUGAAAGUGCACUUGCUGACAUAAAACAUGGGAACAAAAUUAGGCCACAGACACUC